ACGCAAUGACAUCAUCGCCCCAGUUUAUCACGGCCAUUCCAGGCCAAGACUCGUUUGGAACAGCCCAGUCUGCUCUGUCGCCUGGCUCUUGGCUGUCAUCCUCUCCAAUCAUCUGGGACAACAUUCUCGAUCGAUUCCAGCCCAACUUCUCGAUCCCGGACCCGCAGAUUCCAAAAUCACAAUGGUCGCUCGUUGCCAACCCGGUGGCUUCCAGGAACGCCUCUUCGACUUUGUCUGCAACCUUCUUCUACCUGCUGGCCGCCCAGACAAUCUCCGACAUCCCCUCGCAGAUUGUCACAUAUCUGAAGGUCGUCGGGUUCUCGCUGCCCACAACCAGCACUGCCGGCCCGGCCUUGGUCCUCGACUAUGACAUUCCGGGAAACUACCACAUCGACUUUUCGUCGUCGCCGGCUCUUGCCUUUGCCAGUCGGCGUCCUUUCCUGGGCGUCCUGAGUGGCGGGCAGGUUGUCGUAAGCUGGCUCGGCUCGCAGGGCUCCAAUGGUCUUGCCCAGCUCCCGUCAAACAUCUUCAUGCUGGCCCUCUACAGUAGUGCUGGAUCCAACUGGACCGCCACGACGCCCAUCUCCCAGACUCCGUGCUUGUCCUCGGCCAUAUUCCAGCCCCAGCUCUCGUAUUCACAAAAGUAUCUGUACGCCUUCGCUGUUUCCGGCAGUCAAUAUUCGUGCCUGCUGCGAACCCAAUUCGCCGCUGGCAGCUUGAACCAGACCUGCGCCACGUCCUUCGUCACACCCAUCGACAGCUUUUAUCUCGGCAGCCAGUAUGGCGAGCCGGUCGAGCCCGAGGAUCAGCAGGUUGUCUAUUACACCGGACCGAGCAGCGUCUAUCAGUCGACCUACGGGCUUACCGAUCAGAUGUCUGCCGUGUCGCUGGCCUCGCUGCCGCGAUACUCGCAGAUCCAGAGCACCUACUGGUCCAGCGUUGUCUUCACAAGCAGCCCCGACGGCUCGUACCAAUCGUUCAACGCCCUGGAGCCCAUUGACCCGACUCGGUCAGUCCCGUGGACGAGUUUGUGGUCGAAUUCCCCGUUCUCCAACGGCUCGGCGUCCUCGGCCUCGUCCCUGUCUGGACGGUUCAAGAUUGUUGGAUCUGACCAGAAACGUGGAUGGGUCUAUGCCUGCGUUGGCAACGACACUGUCAGUGGGCUCGUCCCGCAAGGCACCCUUGUUGCGUACUCCAACUCCACGGGCAGCCCAAUCCCGCUGACCCUCUCCGGUUCGACAUCGAGCAACAUCUCAUGCGUCGAUAGCUCGAUCGUCGUCUUUCGCGACAAGACUGUCCUGUCGGCAAGCCCGUCCCAGGUCGCACUCUAUGCCAUUUCCGACGCUGGCGUUGCCACAAGCCAGUGGUCUCGAUCUUUCGCGACGCAGAGUACGCCUGUAGUCAAGAAUACCAGCCCCGGCGGCAACGAUGUCUUUGUUGCCCCCGUCCUGCUGGACGUGGGGCUGCUGGCCAUCGGCACCACCAUCAUUCAAAGCAGCUCGCUUGUCGUGGUCCCAUCCCCUCCUAGCCCCGAUCCAAGCACCUCGGCCGGCUUGUCCGCGGGGGCCAUCACCGGAAUUAUCCUCGGGGCUUGUGUUGUCCUGGCCCUGAUCGCGUUCCUGCUGAUUCGUCGUGCCCGCGCCAAGCUGGCGUCGCCGCUUCUGGGCACGGGCUCAGUCAACCGGGGAACCGCAACCUCGUCUCCAGAAAACUUUGUCAAUAUCCCGUUCCCAGACAACUCUGUCCGAGACAGCCUGGCUCUUGCCGAGAGACGAGCCAACUCCCGCGCCAGUGAAGCCUUGAGCUUGAGGGACCUGGCUGCCUCCAAGCCAGCAUCGAGGGAGCCAUAUCUUCUGGAGAGCCAGCCGGCCCCGCGCGCAGCGCCCCAUGCCAACAAUUCGACACUCGACCGCACGGAAGAUGAGCCGUAUUUCUCAAAGUUCCGCGAUUCCUCAGCCACGGUCAUUGGUCUGCCCAGGGGCAUCGCUGGUCCGUCGCUCGAUACGGUCGAGGACCACGAGUCGUACCAUUCUGCCAAUGCAGACGCGCCUGGCAUCGAAUCGCGCUCUGAAGUCGUUUCGCUGUCGAUUCGUGCAACGCCUCCACGAGAGCGUCCCAACUCCAAGGACGGCGAGAAGAAAGACUCGCUCGAGUCCGUGGUCCCGCCUGGCUCCGACAGAUUCGCACCGCCAGCCCAGCAGCCCGACACCAGAUUUGCCCAGCCCGAGUCACGUCAGCAGCGCUCGGAGCUGUAUUAUCCGAGAGCCGAGCCCCAACUCGACCGAAGCGACUCAACCUUUGGCCGACCAGGAUCCCAGUUCGACCGGCCGUCCUCUCAGUUCGGCCAAGCCGAUACCGAGCUGGAUAGACCCGAAACACAGCUAUCGGCAUACUCACUUGCCUCCGAGGGCAUUCGAACAAAGGGUGGCCGCCCAGGACCCAUCCGUAUGCUGUCUAUGACGUCCCAGGACGGAUACUUUGCCUCUCAGUCCGAGUCGGAAAUGUUUUUCACGCCAGACUCGCUGCCGCGCUCGACGCUGUCGAGAUCCGAGCGCCAUCCUAGUGCGCACAAAGAGGCCGAUCGUGAAAGCGAGGUCUCGCGACGAGUGUCGUACACCAGUGAUGUCUCGGUUGAAAGCAUGGAGAGCUUCAGCACCAUCAAGGCCGGCAAGUCCACCGUGGGCUCCAGCCGUGCUCCCGAGGCCGAGAUCGAUCUGGCCGCCUACUUUGGCACGGCCGCACCGACAAGCGCCCUCGCCAGCUUCCAUAAGCCCCCCGGCUCAAGCUACACGCCUCCUACGCCCUCGACCAGACUCAACAACUGGAAAGACUCGGGCUCACACCCGAGCGUUAUGGCACGCACCGGCUCAGGCGCCUCCGCAGAGCAAGCAGCCGCUCCCAUCCAUCAGCUGCUUUCCCAAGCGACCACUCGGUCCGAGUACACGACGGCGGACGAGCUCCCCGAAACCCCGUUGGAGCGAGCCGGAACGCCUUCGACAAUCGUCGGCCGCCGAUCGAGCACCCAGAGCGACCUCGAGUUUGUCGACGCCACGCAAGGCAGCCUCACGACCAUCCCCAUGUCGCAGCCGGCGAUUGAGUCGUUCAGCGACGCUGACUACAUGACUGCCGACGAAGGUCAGGACGCCACACAGCGGGCGUUCCCGUCGCUCUCACUGUCGCAGGCGCACUCGUUCCUGUCCGACGCCGCGACGAUCCGGCGCAACCGCUAGACUCCUCCCAUCUUCUCGAUGCCGAUGUCGACGCUGGAUCAAUGCCCUUUUUUCUUUGCCUACAGACAUUUCCCACACCUACCCCUCCACCACGAACAUCCAAAUGAGGCACCCACAGGCCACAAAAAUAACUCGCGCCCACACAUGCGUAUGCAUCGAGGCAACCUUUGCUUGCUGCAUUUCUUGUCACUGCUCUAUUUCUUCUCUUUCCUCGAUCGUUCGUCUGCGUACAUCGCUCACUUGCAAGCGCUCAUGACAACCCUGCCCCCUUCCGCUCCCACACCUGCUCCGUCUUCCCGGGUCGCCUCCGAGCGCCAUUCCUGUGUCUUUUCACCCUAGAUUUGUCUCGUUUCAUUUUGGGAGCGCUGCUCUCUUCCUCAUCCAGAUCACCCUUGCUCACUGCCCUGCUUCAUGCCACAGCGUCGCUCUAUAUCGACAGAGUGAGGGUGGUGUAUCUCGAUGGCCGUGGUGUUCAGGAGG